GGCGGGCGGCCCGCGCUGCUCCGGGCUCUGUGGCUCCGGCAUCGGAUCGGAGCCGGCGGGACGCGGCGGCCCAGGACCCAGGACCCAGGAUCUUGGGCGCCCUCUCUCUUACCCGCUCAGCCAGCCACCCUGUAGGACAGACCUCAUUGCUCUCACUUUAGGAAAAAAACCGAGGCCCAGAGAGGUUCAGUGACCUGCUCAGGGUCACCCAGCAGGAAAGAGCCCCCCCGGAGCGAGGCAAUGGCCUCACAGCCUGAGAAGCGGGUCGCCUCGUCUGUCUUUAUCACCCUGGCACCCCCGCGUCGGGAUGAGGCUGUGGCUGAGGAAGUGAGGCGGGCAGCUUGCGAGGCCCGGCCUGGCCGCCCCUGGGAAUCUGCUGCCCCCACGAAGGCACCUGGAGCUGGCUCGGCGGGGAGGCCCAGCCCCUGGACACCGCCUGGCAGGGCUGCAGCCACGGGGCCAGCUGCCCCCUCUCAGCUGCCCAACGGAGGCCGUUCUCUUCCGCCUCCUUCCCGGGAUGGCGAGGACGCACUCCCGGACCUGGACCUGCUCCCACCUCCGCCGCCCCCACCAGCAUACCUGCCUCCUGAGGACGAGCUCCCAGCCCCCGUGGGGGCCGCGCUCAUUUCUGACUUAGAACAGCUACACCUGUCCCCACCGCCACCACCAUCACAGUCCCUGGCAGAGGGGCCUCCAUCCCAGCCUGGGCCCAGUCGACUCAGGCCUGCAGAGGAGGAGCUGCCGCCUCCCCCAGAGGAGCCUGUUGGCUUCCCGGAGAGAGAGGCGUCCACAGACGUCUGUGCCUUCUGCCACAAGACUGUGUCCCCCCGAGAGCUGGCCGUGGAAGCCAUGAAGAGGCAGUACCACGCCCAGUGCUUCACGUGCCGCACCUGCCGCCGCCAGCUGGCCGGGCAGCGCUUCUACCAGAAGGACGGGAGGCCCCUCUGCGAACCCUGCUACCAGGACACCCUGGAGAAGUGUGGCAAGUGCGGCGAGGUGGUCCGAGAGCACAUCAUCAGGGCCCUGGGCCGGGCCUUCCACCCAGCCUGCUUCACGUGUGUGAUGUGUGCCCGGUGCAUCGGGGAUGAGAACUUCGCCCUGGACAGCCAGAACGAGGUGUACUGCCUGGACGACUUCUAUCGCGUGGGUUCCUUUCCCUCUAGGAAAUUCGCCCCUGUGUGCAGCAUCUGUGAGAAUCCCAUCAUCCCCCGAGACGGGAAGGAUGCCUUUAAAAUCGAGUGCAUGGGAAGAAACUUCCAUGAAAAUUGCUACAGGUGCGAGGACUGCAGGAUCCUCCUGUCCGUGGAGCCCACGGACCAAGGCUGCUACCCGCUGAACGACCGUCUCUUCUGUAAGCCGUGCCACGUGAAGCGGAGCGCUGCGGGGUGCUGCUGAGAGCACCCACCGCUCGCCCCGGUCGGGGUCCCUUCCCUGACUCAGUUUCCCAUCCUGGCCUGCUCUUGCACAGUUCCCUUCCGAGCCACUACAGGGACCAGCCCAUCCCGUCUGGGGUGCAGGGCUGAGCCACCCCAGCCCCAGCCUCCUCCUAGCUCAGCGAUGGGUGGCUGUAGACGGUGCCCCUCAGACUGUCGCCUCUUCCUUCCAUCCUCUGGGCACGGGGCAUCGCUAUACCAUGAGCAUCACACCUGGGUGCUCACGUCCGAGGCUCUGGUCGCUCUUGUGUGCUGGCCUUGACCCCCCAUUUCCAGGAGUGAGUUGGGGCGAGUUUCGGGUGGCACCCUGGGUCCCUAGCAAUGACACUUUAGCUGUCCCAUAAGGUGCUGAGAUCAGCCCUGGCUUGCAGGACUGAGCCAUUUGAGUAAAACUCCAAGGUUCCUUAAAAACCGCUUUUUAAAAAAGUUAAAUGAUGGGAAACAUUCUUUGGAUUUUGUUUUUGUUGGGGGUGCUUGUAUCUUAAUAGGAAAUGUCUCCCAUUUGUUCAUAAAUGGACAAGAAUGGUGGUGCAUGGCCGUGGCCUUCUCACCCGGGGGACAUGGGGCCCAGGACCGGCUGUGAACCUAGGACGGGGGCAGAAGGAAAGGGUGACAUGUGCCGACACCCAAGGACAUUGGCCAUGCUCCACCCUGCCGCCUGGUGCUCCUGUGUGCCAGUCAGCUGACAUUGACCGGGUGCCUGUUGUUUGCAGGGGAACAGGGUGCAGGUGCUCUGCGUGUUCCUCCUGCAGCCUUGAUGGAGGCUGUGCACCCCCCCCCAAAACCUACCCUCCUUCAGGACAGUGCCAGGGGGGGCUGCCCCUUCAGCCCCUUGGUUAUCUCCCCAAGUCCCACUUGGACCCUCCCACAGGCUGCCCUGUGACCACUGCCUCUUCAAGGCCACACCUAGAAGAUCCAUCUUCCCUUUUGAGGAAAAUCACUUCUGUUGCUUUGUAACCUGAGGCAUUUUGUAGAACAUGAACAGAUGAAGACGUGCUUUGCUCCCUGGGGUCUUGAUGCACCACAGGCUCCUAGGAGGCUGCCCCGGGCCCCCAGCUCCGAGAGCUUGUCUGUAGAGCCCUGAGGGCUUCAGAGCAGAGCACAGCUUCUUGCCUGAAGCUGGGAGGAGGGGUCCCAGACUCCAGGGCCACAACGGGGAUCAUCAAAGACCUUACAUCCUCUCGUUUCCUUAAUAUUCUCUUUAAACAUCAACAUACUUUUUUUUUUUGCUCCCAACUUUAGUCUUGUGCUAAACAAUAUAUCCAUGCAGUCACUGUUGAUGUGCUAGUUCUAUUUUUUUCCUAUUAUACAUGGAAAUAAAUGCGUAACUAUUA